AGUGGGACCUUUAUUUUGAAGUACGCGGUGAUGUCGUCGACAAAUUAUGUCCGACCAUGCAGUAAGAACAUUGGAGGUUUUGUUGAUAUUUCACUAGUAAUUCAUCGCUGUUGUGUGUAUUUUUUUUUCCUUUAAGCAGUCUACCUAGAAGGAUUUAAUUGAGCUAAAUGGAGGAAGAAAGCACAUUAAAGCCCUUAAUCAAAGCAGUUCAACAUGGAGAGCUGUGCACAGUCAGACAGCAACUCAGUGAGCACGUCAACAAGCGGGCUGUCAUCUAUACUCAUUUUGGGAAAUCUGGAGAUACUUUACUGCACUAUGCUGCCAGACAUGGACACGUGGACAUUUUGCGUUAUUUAGUAGAGGAGCUCAACAUGGACAUUGAGGUGUAUAACAACGACUACAAGAGAGCUCUGCAUGAGGCUUCUUCCAUGAGUCAGUAUGAGUGUGUGCGGUACCUCAUUGCCAGGGGAGCGAAAAUAGACAGUUUAAAGAAAGCAGACUGGACCCCUCUGAUGAUGGCCUGUACCCGUCGAAACCUCGAUGUCAUUUUGGAGCUGCUGAAUCACGGUGCUGACCCAGUGCUGCAGAACAAGGAUGGAUGGAACUCUUUCCACAUUGCAUGCAGAGAAGGAGAUCCAGCCAUCAUACACCACCUCCUACUGGCCAAACCCGAGGUCUGGAAGACAAAGAGCAAGACUGGCAGAACGCCCCUACACACUGCCGCUCUGCACGGCUGUGAGGAUGCAGUCAAGGUUUUGCUUCAAAGUUGUAGCUAUGAACCUGAUGGGAAGGACAGUUGUGGAGUCACACCGUUUAUGGAUGCCAUAAGGAAUGGACACAUAGCUAUUGCUAAACUGCUUCUUGAGAAUCACCAGGCAUCCCCCUCAGCUGUAGAUAUUCUCGGUGCGCAGCCCCUACACCAGGCCUCUGUAACUGCUCAGGAAGAAGCACUUUCUUUCCUUGUGCAUAAUCUUGGUAUCGAUAUAAACUCAAGAGCCACAAAACUGGAGCUGACUGCAUUACACUACGCUGCAAAGGAAGGUCACACAAGCACAAUAAAAUCACUGCUUGCCCUGGGCGCUGAUCUACAUGCAAGAGACACAAAAGGAAGAUCAGCUCUACAUAUGGCAUGCAUUGGGCAGCAUGUGGACGCCGUUAGGAUGCUGCUACAAUUGGGACUCACAGAUACUGAAGACAAUACUGGCAAUACAGCAAGACAGUAUGCCAAAAAACCUCACAUUAAAGAAGUGUUUGAGUCUUGAAAUGAAUCUGUGUCAAAUGAAUAAAACAUUGCUUUCAAUGAAUAUUAAGCAAAAGUGGAGGCACAAAGUUACAAAAUAAAUGCUUUUAUGAAAGUCAUGUGGUAUAACUAUGAAUCUGUGUCUUUUCAUAUGAAAAGCGUGACAUGAAACCCUAAACACGAACUUGGCAUCGCAGCUGUUUUGGUAAUAGUUUGUACACAUUUGUGGCCAUUGUGGUAGCUUGUAAACAAAUCUGUGAUUUUGUCAUUUAAGUCCCCUUUACUAAAUGAGUCUGAAUGAACUGGAUGAUUUGUUUAAUCUGAACAACACUGGGUGGGAAUGGCGUUAAACAAACAAACAAACAAACAAACAAAAGACAAUGGGUGAAUUAUUUAUUUCAUAACGCAAGGAUGCUAAACUUGUCGCCACCUACUGGCAUAACGAUGUAACCUAUAGAAAGAGUCACUUUAGUCAUUUAUUUAUUUAUUUAUUGUACGUUUUCAUCAGGGGUAAACCGUUACAGAACAUAACAUCCAUAUAAAUUGAUAUACAAUUUAUAAAUUGAGUCAUAUGUGUAUUAUCUUCUUAGCUUUACUGUUAUUCUUUAUAGAAAUUAAAGUAACAAAAAAUAUUUUAAAUACUAUGAACGUAGUUAAAGAUUCGAGUCACUUGGAUGAAUCAAAAUCCCCACCACUUUAUGCAGGUGAGCGGUUCUGUUCUGUUUGGUGAUCAGGGGCGGUGUAUUCGCUCACUGUGAUUGACAACACAGUCCUCCAAUAGUAGCUUAGAACGCGCAAACUCGCGCGCCAUGCCCACUUCAGCCACACCCACUGGGGGUGACGUGACAGCGCACUUCUUUCAUUUCCAGCUUUGCAAGAUCUCCAUUUUCUUCGGGCCGACGCGUAGGAAAAGGGGAUUAAAGACGAGGAAAAA